AUGAAGGGAACGUACGUCGCGCCGACAAACACAGACAUAGAACCUAAGAAGCACGAGUACGCACUUGUAGGCGUAAGAAUCCUGUCAGUAAUUGCAACCGUAACGUAUGUCCUACUUUUUAACAUCCUAACGACCAACUUGUUAACAUUGGGGGAGGAAGAAAAGGAAAAUUAUGGCAUAAAAGAAGAGGAAAAAAACAUCCUCAAGGAUGAUAAAAUUUUUAUGAAUUAUUACAAAGCAUUUAACAUAAUCAACAUUGUAUGUGGCUCCUUUCUAAUCCUUCUCAAUUUGUUGAAAAUAUUUUCAAGUUUUCGAGUAAAAUGUUUUUGCAUAAAAUUAUUUAGCUGCAAGAAAUACAUAAGGUUGAUCAGCCUCCAUUUGGACAUAUUAUUUAUAUGUACCAUUUUUCUGCAAAACUUGGAAAAUCGAACUUUUUUCUGUAACAUCGAGAAUUAUAUGUACUGGUUUGAAAGCUACAAUAAUAAAAAGGAUUUGUUUUUCAACGCAGGAAGUAAUUUAUGUAACAUACAUAACUAUGCGUUUGUAUUUCCAUCAGUUUUUAUAUUCCUAUCGAUGAUUGAGUUUAUAACCUUGUACUUGAAUACAGACAGAGCCUUUCGAAAAAAAUUUUGCCUAUUCUAUAUGAAACUGUUUUCGGCGUAUCUAUACCUAGCACUGUUUUAUAUAUUUUUAAAAACAAAAUCCUUUUUUAAAAAAAUUCUGUUAUCAUAUAAUAUUUACGAUUUGGACAAUAUUAGUGACACUGUUAAGAUAAUUAUUUAUUCAACUCAGAAACAUAAGAAUUAUUAUUUACAGCUGCUCAUCGUGAGCACCAUAAUUUCGGCGAUCAUGUUUUCCCUGUUGAGCUAUUACGAUUUGUAUGGAAUUUUAAGAUCGUGCAAAUUUUCCCUCCUCGUUAGCAUUUUAACAAAUGCCUGCACAUUAAUUUUUGUAGUUAGCCAAGUAUUAUAUUCCAGCUACCUACUUGAAGGAAACCUUUUCUUCUGCUCUUAUGAGGAAUACUUACAGAUGACUCAGAUCCAGAAUGGCCAAACGGCUACGACUUCCAUUGCUCCUUCCAACACGACCGAGACCAAGUGGUUCUGCAACUUGAAUUGGUUUUUGUACGUCUACUUAUCAAAUAACUUUGUCUGUUUGUUGACCUUCAUUGCGGACCUCAUGCUCUCCGCCUACAUGGUCUUUUCCACCAAGUACGCCUCGAAGGCG